ACAGGACUUUUUUGGGUGACUGUACCUACUAACCAAACCAAAACAAACCUAACAUAACAUAACCUGAUAAAAGAUAUGCAUUUGCCCAGGAAAUGCCAUAGAAGAAAAUCGAUUCCUUAUUUAAAAAAUAAAGUGAAGGUGUAAAAGAGGGUGAACACCAAAAGUUACUUGUUGAUUUUCUUGAAGUUUGCUAUACUUCUUGUUUUGAUGGUUUUAGGUAUAUUAUAAGCAACGACAACUUAUAUAAUUUUAAGUAUUUUUUUUAGGAUUUUUGUUUAUUCUAUCCAGCUUCACAUUUCUUCCCCCGGCGCCAUUUUUGUUAUUUCGAAUCCCUUUUUUAAGAGACGUUUUCUAAAUGAUGGUGAACUCUUCCACGUAUUCCUCCUCGCUAUUGCUGAUGUGUAUCAACCUCAAUAUUAAGGUAAGUUGUUUAACACAUGCAUUAUUACGAUAAAGCAUUGAACCUUAUAGAACCUGACCUAACAAACCCAUAGGUUGGGUAUGUUAGGUCAGGUUUCAUGCAUUGUCAUUUUCAUAUGUGUCCAAUAUCAUAUUCGUGUGUAUAAAAAUUUUCAACCAAUUCGGAGGUAAAUAUAUUGGACUAACCGGCAAGCGAAAUUGAUUGAAAACAAUUAUAAAAACCGCCGGAUUUUCGUUGUUAUAUUAUAGUGGACACUUGUAGUUUGUGGAAAUGUUAAAAAAAUUAUAUUUUUAAAAAUAAACGCCAUGUCUCGAUUUAAUAUUACCAUAAAUAUUUAAGGUCAUCAUAGAAAAUGUGUUGGUGUCUAGAGAACGAGCUUGUCUUUAGCGUAUACUCCUGUCAUAAGCCAUAUACAUUUUUAUUCUUUAUUCUCUCACCACUGAUCGGCUUGGGCGAUCGGUCACGUAGCCAUUGCAUACAUAUACAUGGUUGUCUGCUUAUAGAUUUAUCUAUUCACGAACAAUGAUGUUCCUUAAAUAAAAGAAGAGGCAAUACCAUGUUAUACAGUACAUGAAAUAACAUAAAUAAGGGACUUAGGUGGUAGAUAAAUAUAAGUUAAGAAAACAUCAAAAGUGAGUAACAGAGACGUGACCGAUCAGUGGUGAAGAAGAUCAAGGUACAACAGUGUGGCGGCACCUUCGUCUGCAGAACACGAGUUAACCAUUAUUUCUUUAUUACACAUCAGGAUUUUCACUUCUCUCGCCACCAUGAGUGUAAGUAACGUUAGAUAAAACAAAUAUUAAGGUUUAACAGGCGCCUUUUAUUUGUAAACUGCCGCUUGCACACUAGGUUAUGGUAAACUCUUAGGUGCUGCUCAACUGUAGACUACUGUACAGUAUUAAAUGCAACAGAUGACUAACACCAGAAUGCGUUGUUCGAUUAAGUACAUUUUUUCCACGUGUUUUUGGUGAUAGCGAGUAAUAAAAACGAAUAUGAUAGUGUUCAGAACUGGUAAAUUAUGAGGACACCACUGCCACCAGAAAUCGUUAAUGGAAUUCCUUUUUAUUUUUCACUUUAUUGUUGUUUUGGUGAUUAUACAGUAAGUAGUUUAGAAAGCGAGAUGACUUUAUAUAUUAACCUUUUUUUUCCUGUAUAUCUAGAAACAUAAUAAAUCACCUGUAGUGGGCAAGGAGGUCCGGAGCUAAUGUGGAUUGUUGCUUUGCUAUGUUAAGAUUUAAUCAUUAUACAUGAAGGAUGAGGGGGUAAUUAUUCAUUUUUCGCCCAUUCCUCUCUUUUGAUAUGAAAAAUGUUUUUUGGGGUAUAUAUUGGUGUAUUUUAGUAAAUGUGACCUUCAUUUCUUGUGCAAAUAGCCUUUUUUUAUUUAUUUUUCUCGAAAAUCAACAAAGGGCCAAAAACGGCCAUUUUUACAAGAAAUGAAGGUUAUGACUAAAAUAAACGAAAGUAUGCCAGAAAAAAUACAUCUUAUCAAAAGAAGGUCACAAAACCUAAACUAACGUACCAUUUCUGACUGAAUUGCAACUAACCAUGACUGAAUCAUCACUAACCUGGACCAAAGGUAAACUUACCUAUAAUAUUUUCUAGGUAGUGGAUAUUUUCCCUUGACUGGUAAGUUCCUUUUAACGCCAUUUUACCGUGAGUGCGCUCUGAUUGACUAAUUGUUCAUUCCAGGUAAACAACACGAGAACUAUACUUGACCGUGACUGGUGUCAUUUGGCAUUUAUUUCACUGUAAGUCAAUCGUUGUGUAGCUGUAAACACACCGAACCAUAUUUCUGUUGUGCAUGGAACUUAUUAUAAAAGGUGACAUAUACUGUAGUAGAACCUAAUAGAACCUGACCUAACCAACCAAAGAAACUUGCCUAACCUUAUCCAACUUCCUGGCUGGGGGGGUCUUAGUCAAUUAAAGUGCACUCACAGUAAAAUUGCAUUAGUAGAAACUUAGCUGGUCACAGCAAAAUAUCCACUACCUACUUUCUAACCUUAUCUAACCUAACUGCUAAAUCACUUUUGCACAGCUGAAAAUAGGUCAAUGUUUGAGGGUAACUAUAUUAAAAAAAAAAAAAUAUUUGCACUAGAAAUGUUACUCUUAAAUAUAAAUUUGAAUUUAAAAAAAGUAGCAUAUUUAGGGUAGUCAGAAACACUGGAAGAGGAAUGGGUGAAAGACUAAUAUUAACCGGUGAGGGAAAUUGAGGGGGUAAAACGCGGUGAAAAACUGAUCAUGUGUCACUAAAAUGAUUUGUACGUGAAGAAAUUAAUUAUUUACCGUAAAUAUUCAUGCAAAAAAUCUGCUGUUGUUGUCUGCUCUGUUGUUCUCAACCCGCUCGGUACAAGCAUACUUUCACGUCCACCAAAAAUGUAAAAUUACACCUCAAUAAAUUGUGUAGCUUAUCAAUUGAAGACACCAUCAAGACUUUGGUCUCCAAAAAUCACAAAAGAAUACAGUAUGUUUUAAUUUACAAAUUAUUGUGAUGUGCAAAUAGACAUAAUGUAGAUUGUACUGUACUGUACUGUACAAUAAAAGCCAACCUUCAGUAUAAAAAGGUUAGGCUGGGUUAUGCACUCGUGAACUUAAUGGAUACAUUGCCUAAGGUAUAACAUGAGAUUUAAAGGGUCAGUCUUUCAUAUUUACUUCAGUACUGUAUGCACACGUACUUGCAAAUGGCUUCUAAUUCCUACAAGCAUUGUAGCUUUACUUGCAUAAUUAUGGUAACCUACAAAAUAAGUUAAUUUUACUUGCAUUAUGGUACUAAUUUUAUGGUGUUAAAAAAAUAUGAUGCCUUUGCUAUGCUUGAAUAAUAAAGUAGUUUGGCUCCUCAUAAUUAAUUAAUACUGUGCUGUAUUUUAUACAGUCUAAAUCUUAAUGUCUCUUUGUUUUAACAAAAUUUGUAUUUCCAGGUAAAGAAAGAAGAACAGAUCAUGUUUGAUGCUUAUAACGUUGUCCUCCAUGAAUGGAUGAAGGUACUUCGUAGUCUUGGAGCUUCAGAUCACCUUCCAACCAUUGUGUUCCAGUUAUGGGUGAUGUAUCUCCACAAGUUGGGAGUGACCUUUUUAUCAGAAAACACUUGUGUCACUGAUGACAAAAAGUGUGAAUCUGAAAAGAAACCAGAUACAAGGCCACUAUCACCACAGCAGGAUCCAGGGGAGAAAAAUUUGCAUGAGGCAGUUUUUACAAGAACUCGAAGAGGAAAACUUAGACUUCUUUACGAUGGGUAUACCUACUGUUUACUUAAAACAAAUGGAUAUGAAUACUGGCUGUGCGAAAAUACGAAAGAAUGCCUUGGACGCCUGACAGUCAAGAACUGGAAAGUAAUGUCUUCAUAUAAACAUUGUCACUCUCGCAAGAGUGAAGAAGAGAUACAACUGCUGAAGGCUCAAGCAUGUAAUGAUGAAGUAGAUGUGACACAGUUUGCCAGAGAAAUCGAGACGGGACCGAGACGUACUGUUACGUGAUGUUGUGGAUAUUGUCAACAGCACCAUUUAAUUACACGGAAGAAACUUUUAUGGGACGUUGAUGAUCCACAACGUAACAGAGGCGUGAUGGGUAGUGUGAAUCGCCUUUUAUUCAUCAUUUGUGUUGAUUUAGUAUGCAUUUUUCUUCACAAGAGAAAGAGAAGGUUCCUCCAUUAACAUCUGCUACAUCUAACUGCAGUGACAAAAAGGGGUUGUUAUCUUCUUUCGACAAUGAUAGUGUAAAGAAGGGGAAGCUGACAAAAUUGUCUCAUUCAAAGGUAUCUGGCUCACUGUCAAUGUCAUCAGUGAUUUCAAGUACCCAGAACCUCAACCAUAAAAAACCAGACUUUGACACUGCAGUUGUAAACAGUCGCAAAUCCUCAAGAGUUGGAGGCAGGAGAUAUAAGAAGUAUACGCUUAUAUCAUCAGAUGACUCAGGUGACCACAUUUCAUGUUCUAGUGGGUCUGAUGAAGAGUACACACCAUAUGGCAAGAAAAGAAUCACAGGAUAUAUCAGGGAUUCGAGGAAACAUGCCCAGAAGAUGCUUAAGACCAGGGUUAUCAAGAGAAAAAUAAUUUCCAGCGGGGACUCGCUGGAUACAACCUAUGAGGAGCCACUUUGGUCAGCAUGGCUAAGUAGAUAUCACAAGAUGUUAAUGAAAGAUGAAAAGGUGAUAAUCAAUAGUGAAGAAGGUGGAGCCCACUGGGAAAGAUCUACUGAAGGUCAGCAUCAAAGACCUGAAGAAGUUAAUGAUGAACAUUUUCAGUUAUUGGAAGAAGACGUUAAGGAUGAAAAAGAGGCAUGGGAGAGAAAUAAUGAGGACAGCAAAAUAGAUGAUAAGAAAAGUGAAACAGAUGAAGAAGGUAUACCAAAAGAGAUAGAUAAUGAAAAUAAACUAAUGAAACAACUGAUCAAAAGGAGGAUCAGAGGGAAAACUAAGAGGAGGAGGCGGUUUCCUCUGCCGUUGAAGAACAGAGUCUCAAGAUUAUGUCACAAGACUUGCAAAUUCACAGAUUCAUUAAGUUUCCAGAACUUUCCCUACAUGAUGAGGGUGCUCCUGAGUUUAGUGUACCUCGCUGUAUUGCUGGGACAGGAACACUUCCUGCUGAUGGACUUAUUAAGAUGGUGUCAAGAAGGCCACCUUCCCUACUUGUCAGCCUCAUACCUGGUGAACUCAGCAGUGAGAGGCUAUGUAGUUAACAUUUACCUGAUGCAAAAGACACUUCAAGUCCCAAGUUCCAGCACUGUAAGAAAACUUGCACUUCAGAUGAGCAUUUUUCUAUCAUUGCAAGGAAUUCCACUACCUCCAGUAGAGGGUGUGAUUGUGCAUUUGGUUAGACUGCUUAGGCUUCCUGAGCAAGUUAUUACCAUGGCACAGGAACUAGUUGCACUUAAAGGAAAAGAGAAACAUGAGAAAAGAAAGGUAACUCUUGAACUGCCAUCAGUGGAGUCACUGGCUAUGGCGGCCUUGGUGGUGAGCCUCAAGAUAUGUUGUGGCAUCAAUGACUUGGUGGAACAUCACCUUUCAGCAGUGGCCACUAGGAUUAAUGCACAACUUGGAUCAUCACAUUCCUUCUCUCCAAUUUUUUCCUGGGAUGAUUGGAAAAUAUACAUCAACAAACUACAGUGGUUUUGCACACAAGUGAAUCCUUUUUCUGGCUUCAUGUCUUCAAUGUCUGAGGUGUCAGUUUACAGGAAAUCUUCUACAUUUCUUCCAAAGCUUUCUCAGAUCCUCACCUUGUGUAGAAGUUCACCGACUAUAUAUAUGACAGAUGAUGCUGAGAUGCUGACACAGGCAUCCUGGAGUGUCUUUGGGUUGGUUGGUUUGGCAAAAUAUGCCUCUCUUUCAAGUAUAGUGGAGCUUCAGAGUUGGACCUUACAGGAGGUGUUUGAUGAAGCCUUCAUAGGUAGAGCAACAUAUGAUCCACUAAUAGGCAUUGUAAAGCAGUACACAACACCUAUGAGUGAAGAGGAAGCCGAGCGAUCACCAGACUUACUGAAGAUUGGCCAGGACCUCCUGCAAGUAUCCUUUAACUCUCAUCAACUAUACUGGACUCAGGAAAUCACUCACAUUCAGCAAAAUCUAAAAGAAUGUGGCUCACAGAUUAUUUUGAUUCCUGUGGUUUACCCAAAGUCACAACAUGGUAAAGACUGCAAUGGAAAUGGUAAUAGAGAGUCAAGAUCAGAUGAAAUAGGGGUAGCUUCAAGUAAUGAGGUGGACAGUCUGGAUUCGUCACCUCAUUUCUCAGACUAUAAAGACAACUGUAGGACCAGUACUCAUUGGGAGCAAGAUUUUAUUAACAGUUCUUUAUCCCCAAAUUUUGAUAAUGAAGAUACAAACCAUAAUAUAUUUUGUAGUGCAACUGAUAGCUCUAGUCCUUCUACAUCUUCUGAAGGUGAUGGUCCUAAGAAGAAUAUAUUUGGCAGCUCAACAGAUGGCUCUAGUAACUCCUCAGAUUCUAAAAGUAGCCCACAUUCCAAUACCAAUAUAAAUUCUACAUCAGAAGACACCUCAAGUGCUUCUUCAGUUUCUAAAGAUGAUGACCAAACCAAAAUUGAUAUGACUUGUGCUUCAGUAGAUGCCUCGAGUGAUUCCUCAGAUUCUGAAAGUGAGAAAGUAGAAAAGAUUCUCAGGAAUGAAUGUCAUAGCUCAGGAAACAUUGUACGCAUUCCAAUGCCAGUGUACAGAGUUUGGAGAUCUAAUUCCACAAAACGGAAUUUGGUUGAUGUUUGGAAUACACUGCCAACUAAUUUUAAGUGGCUAAUCACCCUUGGCAGUUUGCUGUGUAUGGUAUCGAAAGAGGAACUUGUAAAUGAUGUGGAUAUUCUUGAAGAACUUUGCUAUCAUCCUACUUGUCAGUGAUAUAGAUAGAAUCACUUUCAGUAGAUUUCAGUUUUUAAAAACUUAUACCAGUACAGUAGUACAGGUAUUUAGUUAUUAUUGAAAAUGUGUUUAAUUCAUAAAAAGAGAUGGAUACGUAGGUGAUCAAUUUCCCUAUUUGGGACUUCAAGGACGUCAAGUUAGUCAUUGUAAGUGUUAAGAGCUUUUAUCAAGAUUAAAUUGCUGUUAAAGCUCAAACUCCAAAUGGAUCUUGAGAACCAAGAGUAAAGUUCCUUGGCUUUGGCUUCAGGCUGAAGAACUAAAUCACACUUAAGGAAAGACAUCCCUGAUAUUUUUUUUGUCAGAAUUCAUGACAGGCUUAAUUGGGUCUUAGAACUUAAAUGAUUUCCUAGCAAUAUGAAACAAUGAGGUGUAAACAUUUGAAACGUUUCAUAAGACGUGACUACCGGGUAGAAGUGUCCCUCACACCAGCGGCCAUUCAGCGUAACAUCAAGAUGACACCAGCCAAUAAGCAUGCAGUGUGAGCCUCUGCCACUUAGUUUAAUGUUUCCAGCAUCUUGUGUGCUAGCAACUCUGCUCUCCUCUGGUGUAUUUUGUGUUUAAUAUCCGUGAAUAGUGAGUUCCUCAGAUAGUGAUAAUUAGCCAGUGGUGUGUGGAUAUUCACUGAAGUGUAGGAGGAGUGUAGAGAGCUGGAUUGGUGACAACAAAGAGAAAAAGGAACAGGUAAGACAUAUAUUAGUUGUAAAACUAAAGUCUGUUGUUACCUGUGUUGUGGGGCCUGCUUGUGCUUGUGGUUCCUUCAUUAAUGUAGGCAUGGAUGAGAUUAAGUUUAUUUUUAACAAGUUUUGGUGACUUCAGUCAGUAAAAUGCCUAUUUUUUAAAGCUUGUGAAUUCAAAUGAUAUGAAACAUUGCUAUCUCAUGGAUAGGCCUAAUGGAACACUAAUUUAACUCGCCAAUAACCUGCCCACAUCACAGGUGGAAGAGAAUCAGCAACCACCGUAAAUGUUGGUAGAAGUUUUUAUUUAAUAAUUAUUUUAAAAUAAUA